AACCCAUCAAUCAGAUUGUUCAUUCAUGGCAAAGGAAGAAGCUGGUGCUUCGUUUUCUUCAUCUGCGGCGGCGGAAGGGACAACAGAUGAUGAUGAUGUUGAGAUGUUGAUUCAUGGAUCCGAAUCUGGGUGGGUGGAAGCUCGAACCAGUUGCGAUCAUCUGAAUUCCUUGUCUUCGGAUCUAACUCACAUCCCUAUCCCCAAUAACAAUACACCCUGUACCAGCUGCUUAAAUCCAACUGAGAACUGGCUAUGCCUAUGUUGCAAGGAUGUCUUUUGUAGCCGUUUCGUCAAUAAGCACAUGCUUCAUCAUUUUCACACUACCACACACGGCAUUGCACUAAGCUUCAGUGAUCUCUCUGUUUGGUGCUUCCAAUGCGACUCAUAUUUGGAUGCUCAACUCAUUCCUCAGCUACGCCCUGUUUAUGAAACUGCAUAUAUUUUGAAAUUUGGUGUAGCUCCACCAUUUCGAAAUAUGCCUUUCUUGACUUCUAUUCAAGAAGAGGACAACUCACCAUAGCACCUCUACCUAGCUAGCUAAACA